ACGUGUACAAAAAGCAAAGUGAGUGAAGUCAAAAAGAGAAAAAACCAAUUUGUUGGCAAAUUGUUAUUUGAUUUUGUUUUUCUUUGUAAAAUUAAUAUAAUACAAUUAUUAAUAAAACAAGUCGUGAACAUUAACGAAACCCUCAAUGGAUUUUCUAAAAAGUGGCAUUAAAACUGUGCUGGGUGCCACGGAACCGGGUCAGCAACCCAGCCCUGCAGAAACAGUAGAAAAACUGGUAGAUAGAGCAGCCUCUUCAACUUUAUUGGAAGAUAGACGUGAUGCUUGUCGUGCUUUAAAAGCUCUUUCAAGAAAAUAUCGGAUAGAGGUGGGUGCCCAGGGAAUGCCAGCAUUGGUGUCAGUGCUGCAAAAUGACUGUCAAGAUUGUGAAAUAAUAUCGUACGCCUUGGAUACUCUAUGUAAUGUAGUGGCCACUGAGGAAUUUGAUGAAGAGGCCGAUAAUCCAGCGGUAUCGGUUAAUGUAGGUGAACAAUUUACCGAGAUGUUCAUAAAGAAUCCCGAACAUGUAUCAUUGGUUAUGGGCUAUUUGGAGGAAUAUGAUUUUCGUGUCAGACGUACCGCCAUACAACUUUUAACAACCUUGAUACAGAACAAGACCAGAGAUUUACAGGAACAUAUACUAGUAAGUCCCAUGGGUGUUUCAAAGUUAAUGGAUUUGUUGUCGGAUAGUAGAGAAGUUAUACGUAACGAUGCCUUACUCCUACUUAUCCAGUUGACUAAAGGUAAUUCCAAUAUCCAAAAGAUAGUCGCCUUUGAAAAUGCCUUCGAUAAGAUAUUCGACAUUAUACGUGAUGAAGGCCGUGCAGAAGGUGGUAUAGUGGUUGAAGACUGUUUGAUUCUACUAUUAAAUUUGCUUAAGAACAACUCCAGUAAUCAGCAGUUCUUCAAGGAAGGCUCUUAUAUACAACGUUUAGCUCCCAUGUUUGAGUUAACUAAUAGAGAGGUGGAGGGAGAACAGGGUUGGGCACCACAAAAAAUGUCAAACGUUCAUUGUAUGUUACAAGUAGUGAGGUCAUUAGUCACACCCAGUAAUCAGCAACAAGUGGUGGCAUCAUGUCAGAAGGCUAUGAAACAGUCAAAGCUUUUGGAAGCUUUGUGUGAGAUUCUAAUGGGUAGUGGUGUGCCCGCUGAUAUUCUAACAGAAACUAUUAAUGCUGUAGCUGAAGUGGUUAGAGGUGAUGCGGAUAAUCAAGAUCAGCUUAGUAAAGUUAUGGCGCCUAGCACACCUCCCAGGCCAGUUAUUGUUGUGCUGCUAAUGUCCAUGAUUAAUGAGAAACAAAUGUUGGCGUUACGUUGCUCCGUACUAUAUUCAUUCCAAUGUUAUUUAUAUCGUAAUUCCAGCGGUCAACAGGCUGUUGUCUCCACACUUUUACCUUCAUCCGCUGCAGAUGUUUCUAGUCUUUCAACAGGUCAACUUUUAUGUACUGGUUUAUUUUCCACCGACUCUUUAGCCAAUUGGUUUUCUUCAGUGGCUUUGAUGCAUACUCUGGUAGACAAUACUGCCCAAAAGGAGGAAUUACUGCGAGUGCUGUUGGCUACGCCUGGUGGUCAUAAACCCAUAACUUUACUAGAACAAUGUACAAAUCUCUUACAACAAGAAUCUUACAAAUUGCAAAGUAAAGUUGGUCUUUUAAUGCUGUUAAGCAUGUGGUUGGCUCAUUGUCCAACUGCUGUGAAGACUUUGUUGCAAUCUCAGGGUACUAUGGCUUAUUUAACCGCUCAGAUAAGUGGUAAUGAACAUGAUGAAAAUGAAUAUUUGGUACAGGGUUUGUGUGCUUUUCUUAUGGGCCUUUGCAUACAAUUCAAUGACAACAGUCUAGCUGGUCAGAAAAGGGAUGAAAUUUGCCAAUUGAUUAUAAAGAGAAUAGGGCAGGAAAAUUUUUGCAAUAAACUAAAUGAGGUUUCACGUCAUGAAGCCUAUAGUAGAGCCUGCAAACAACCACAAAUAAGAGCUAAAUCUGCCAAUGAACUCUUAUUGGAUUAUGAGUACUGCAAACUUUUCAAAGGUCUUGAAGCUCUGGUAGUCAAACUAGUGACAGGUUUUGAUGUUAAUGGUGUAGAACUAACCGAACUUACAUUGAGUUCUGAGGCCUCGGCUUUAGUAGCUCAAUACAAAGGUAUCAUAAGAGGACUUGAUACACAAAUAACGUCUCUCCAGGAUACGGUGAAAAAACUAGAGUUGAAAAGUGCUGAUCAAGAACUGAAACUAAACGAACUGCAAACUCAAAAUCAUCAAUUAACCGAUCAAAAUACCUUGUUAAAAGCUCAAUUGUCUGCUUUAAAAAGUAACGAUUCUUCCACAAACUCUUCUACACCCAAUAAUGAAAAUAAUCCCCAUGCCACUUUAGAGGCCCUUAAUGCUGCCCAGUUCCAAACAAAUCUUUAUUAUACCGAAAAUUUACGCCUAAAUCAAGAACUUGAGACUAUGCGCAAACGUUUACAAGAGGCCAUUGAAGCGGCCAAUUUAGCGAAUGAAAACCAUCAUAAACUACAAAAAGAUCAAGAAGAUUUAUUAGAAUUACUAACAGAUCAAGAAAAUAAAAUUCAACGCUAUGCUGAUCAAAUGAGAGCAGCUGGUCUGCCUGUGGAAGAUGACGAUAAUGACGACGAUACCGAAGAACUUGUAUCAGCUGAUGUAAAUGUCAAUGUUCCAGAGCAGACAACAGUUGUAACAAAUUCUAUGGAAAAUUCCAGUCCUUCACAUAUGCAAAAUAUUUAAAUAUAUUAAUUACAUUAUUAAAUAUAGAAAACUUUCUAAUGUGCAUGUUUUUGUUUUGUAAUAGAAUUGAAGCCUGGCCUUGGAUACAUGAUAAUAACCUACGCAUAUACAGUUUGUGUGUUAAAGUUAAAUGUGUUUUAAAUGUAACGAAAAUAAAAAAAUGAUAAUUUUAA